AUGUCAUCCCAGGCUAGCAGCGACAGCUUCAUAGACGAUCUCGGAAUUCCUUCUGAUACAGGUUCAGCGUCACUCUCUAACGUCCUGAAUACCCUACGACCUGUGGAGAAACGCGACUCGGGAUCUACGGUUCCUAGGACCACGGAGCAACAGUCGUCCGAAGGCUCUGAAUGCGCCAUACAGGUAUUGUACGAGGGCCCUCCCAAAUGCCAGUGCUGCAAGAAUUGGGUCGAGGAGUAUCCCGAUGAUCUGCGCCGGCAAGUCGAAGAUCAAGCUGCGAUCAAACAGAAAGCCUUCAUCAAACGCAUGCGAAAAAAUCACGAUGAUGGUAAGCCGCUGGUUCUCGACUCCAUCGUGGUGCAGAGCUCGUCUCUGAAGAAGACGCUGGGCGAAGUGUUUGAUGGAUACAAGGGUAUCACACCAUCUUUGAAGAAGGUGGUUUUCAAGUCGCCGUUCCAUCCUUUCUACCAUCGCUGGGGACUCUUUACAGAAAUCGUAGAGCGCCAAAAACGCGAAGACACGGCGAGUGCUGCUUAUUCUGUACUACUUUACAACGAGCUACAAAAGGAGCUGGGCGAUGUGAUGUCUGAAAUUCAUGAUCAUAUUCACCACGGUGUCAUCACGUAUCAGUUGCUCUGGGCACUCUUCGAACCCGGCGAGCUCAUUGUCGCAUCCAAAGGUGGACACGAACGAUUUUAUGUUGUCCAAGGCUGCAAAUACAACGCCAAGGAUGGCUAUCUUGCCGUCACUGCCAACUUUGUCGAUUGGGAUGGACGGCGCUUCGGAUACGCGAAAGAAACCCUUGCGAUCUGUGAGUAUCCCGGGACCCAAGCUAUCACCAGUUUGAGUGCAUACCCUGCAGACCUUCACCCUUCCCAAGAUGAGGCGCGAGUAAAAGCCAUCAAUCGGGGACAAAAAUUCAGGGAUCUUCGUGGUUUCCAAUACAAGGCAUACUCAGGAUUGACUGCUAACAGGGGCUCUGUGAAGAUUGACGGACGUAUCGUUGUGGACGCUUCAUCCUAUUUCCAUGCCAAUCCCGACGAACAGGAAACUCUCGGUGACCUCGACUCCGAAUCAAUUGCGCCGCAAAUGAAUGUCAUGGAAGAGACGCAUGUGGAUGAUGAUGAUGAUGACUAUGGAGGCUGGAGAUGCGGUACAGGUCGAAGGCGCGAAAGCCGACGUCGAGAGAGGCUUAAGCAGAGGAAGAUUGAAAACGGAGAAAUAUCGGAGGAGCGAGAGCCCGACCCUGUAUAUGAUCUCACGGACGAGCAACUGUUGCUUUGCAGCACACGCGUACGGGGUUACUCGUUGAAGCUCAAGCGCUGGGUUUUGUUCGACUUGAAAAACAUCAGUGAUAUCGCGUGGAACGAUGGCGCCUUUCCAAAGCUCAUGCUCCCCAACGGCUACCAAAAUUUGAUCUUAUCAUUUGUGGAGGCCCAAAGCGACAAAAAGCUUGCAUUUGACGAUAUCAUCGAGGGAAAGGGAAUGGGAGUCAUUAUGUUGCUUGUUGGUCAGCCUGGCACAGGCAAAACCUUGACCGCUGAAGCCGUCGCCGACAAGGUCCGAAAGCCUCUUUACAUGCUUAGUGCAGGAGAACUGGGUCAGGAUGCUCAAAGUGUCGAGGAUCGUCUGCGCACCGUUCUGGAACUUACCGAAAAGUGGGAUGCCGUUCUGCUAUUCGAUGAGUGCGACGUUUUCCUGCAAGAGCGAUCAAUUGACAACAUGGCGCACAAUGAGAUCGUUGCCGUCUUUCUGAGAUUGCUCGAGUAUUACCGUGGCAUCAUGCUCAUGACAACCAACCGCGCGAAUGCAAUCGACCGCGCUUUCCAAAGCAGGAUUCACCUCACCCUACAUUACCCAGAGCUUAACUCAGUUGCAAAAGAGCAUAUCUGGAAGCAAUUUACCUCUCAACUAGAGCAGGAUAGCACAUUGACGGACGAUGUAUACAGUCGGCUUGCUCAGCUACCCAUGAACGGACGGCAAAUCAAAAAUACUGUGAAGAUAGCAGCGCUUUUAGCUCACAAGGAAAAGGCCGAGCUCAGCAUUGAGCAUGUUCGCACCGUACUGCACGCAACAUCUGAGGCACAUGGGGAGAUUAUCUAG